GCCCUGCUUCCCUCCAGACUUCGGCUAGACCUGGUAUCGAUAUCCUCUUCGCACUGCUAGCAGUCGUCUUCAUCUUCCGUCUCACGUCUGAAGAACGACAUAGAUACACGCGAUGUCUCUUCCUCGUUUAUGGCGUUGGGCAGCUGCAACUCUGAUCCUCGCCACCUCUCUGCUGCUGGUCACCGCCUCGCCUGCCUCCGGCGCUUCCGCCCCUCGGGAUGUCGCGGCUUCCACGACCUCUUCAGAACCGUUGACACUCCCGUCGUCUGCGCCAAUGCCUUCCCAACAACCCGAGGACCUUCUGAGUCCCUUCUUGACCUCAAACGGGAGCGGAUAUUUCGUGCCGACCGUCAACAUCACUUUCUGGAAUAACGGCAACCCUUUCAUUUCUUCUGACGGUCAAACAAAGUACGAUCAAUUGCCCAAUGAUCUCCUGCCGGCCAUGCGGGGCGAAACAUUGCCCGGGAACCGUUGGGAUCUCUGGUUGUUAUGGCUAUGGCGCUACAGCGACAAAAUCGAACCGCAAGGUUUCGAGCAUCUAAGGUCUGCCAUUGCAUAUGUUGCCCCCUCAGAGGACAAGAACUUGCUACAUGCAUUCAACAACAUUUCGACCGAAGGCUCAACAAAUAAGUGGCUGCUUGAUGACACUUUGUGUGGGAGUUGUGGGUACACGAUGCAGAAAACAUAUUGUAGUGAUAGUUGUCUGCCACCCGCGACUGCAAACCUCACCGGAGGUCCCAUUGACAACGAGUACUGUGCAUUGCUCAAUUCAGACAGGAAAGCUCGCCUCGCUACAGGAAAAACUUUAGUUACUCAAUGCUUCAACUGGCCCAUCACGGCCACAUGCAAUGACUGCAUCGCUCGGAAGGCGAAAAAGAGUGUGUUUGUGAAGAACUGCCUGAGGUGUCAUGAGUUUUGGUCGGCACCCCUCACUCCCGGUUACCUCUUCAAUCCCUACACUCUGAACCUCUCCGACAUCGGCAACCAAUUCAUCUACUUCGACAAUACCGCCGGUUCUGGCUGCUCGUACCGAAGCAAGAGGGAUCCAGGCUCCCGUAUGGAAGACGCUUUCAAAAAGUGUAAAGUGACCUCGGUCUCGUACAGCGGAACCAUACAUGGGAAUCUUGGUGACUGCACGGUUCACGCUCCAGAUCCUACGGUUGUAGGAGCUGGUCAUUGCGACAAGAUGCCCGGUUCCGAAGAACCUAUAGAUUUUGCGUCAGGUCAGAACGUAAUACCGGCACCAGAGAUGUGUGCUCAAUUCGUCCCCGGAGACCCUGGACUCUGCGAAGGUGAUUUGCCGCCGUUGGAUGAACCUGAAAAGUUAUCUACUCCUCCCACGCCUCCCGGACCGACCAACGGCGGCGCCACACCCGCAAAUCCCGCGGCUCCUGGAACCAACCCUAACGGCGUCCCGAACAUACCCAUCGAGAUCGUUACGAACGGUGGACAGCAGCCACCCGUUCCGGGCGAUCAAUCCAUCCCUGGCUCCCCUGUCGGCCAACCCACCGAUGGCUCGCCAGGCCAACCCAGCGUCUCAGCCGCCGGAUUCCCCACAAGCAACCCCGUAACCGCCGGCAAUCCCAGCAACGCCACGACAGCAACCGUCCCGGCCGCCGCAUACCAAUGCUUCCCGAUCGCGCCACCAGUCAACAAUGGAAGCGCGCCACUCGACCCAUGGACAAACACUACAAGUCCCAUAUUCACAGUCACCGACCCACACGGCGUGUCGCAAGCCUGUUAUACCGUUCCGGCCUCCAUCCAGGGUGCCGCUUCGGCGGCUGUCACUCCUCCCGCAAGCCCCGUGGCUCCCGUGUGUCCUCCGCAAAUUACGGAUUUCCGGAAGCGCAAUGGCGUCUUAUCGUCGCCGCGAUGCACGGCUGCGAUCCCGGUGGCGAUACUGUUCAGCACCUGGCUGCUUGCCAGUUUGUAGACGCACAGAGUGCAAACUGUGUUGCAUUUUCGGUUGGGCCUUCCAUUUUUGAAUCCAUCGACGGCUUAAUAGAAUCAUUAGACGCAUAGAGUCUCCAUAGACGUAUAAAUAUAGAUUAAUAGUGCCCGGCAGCGGGCAAAGGCGGUGGGGGUUUACGUUCUGGCCGUCUAAACCAAAUAAUAACUUGACGGGUAUGGGGAUAUGUUUCCGAUUUCGACCUCACGUAUGACACUUUUGAAGCACCCCGGUUCUGGACCACAAAACCAAUACAGAGUAUAAGUCCCAUAUCCACACUCACGGCUUCAUCUCCUCGUCUUACAAGUUAAGCAACUACAAGAAGCCUCAGAAAAGCAACUAUAUAUGCAUCGGUCGCCUCUAAAAGCGAUCCAUGG